GCUCCUCCGCUUUUAUUCCGGCACAUCGCCGCGGCGUGAAUCAAACGUUUCAAUUUCUAACUAUCGACGGCUCGCGAACAAAUGGUCUUUCGCACUUAGUUCUUCCCACGCGACACACGUGUGCACGAUCCUUCGCGCGGCGUCGUCGUCGCCGAUCGAUAAUCGAGAAGAUGUUCGCGGCAAAGGUCGCGGUUACGCGAAAAUAGUCAAUCGCUUGGGACGUGAGUGACAUCAUUGAGUUGGUGCGCGUCGCUAACUAGUAUGGAUCGUUGCGACAGUUCGACCUAGUGUGCCUGGUAGUUUUUGAGGUCGACGAGAUCAAAGAUCGAGCAGCUGAAAGAAGAUUGAAUCGAUAUAUUAAAUCGACCGAGAAGAAGAAAGCACAAUGCGGAUAUUUUGUGCGCUCUGCGGACUGUUCUUGGCCAUUGCCAUUGUCAAUUGCAGUCCUGUGGUGAAGCGAGAAACGGAAGAGGAACUCAAUCCGUUGAACGAUGUUUACGUGAUCGAAGUUGAUGGGAACGAGGCUGACGGCGAAAGGGGUAACAGGGAUAAGAGAAAGAUCGGUGUCACACUUGGAGUGACGAAUGGCAUCAUCAGCUUUGUUUUUAGUAAAUUGGAUUCCUUCAUCGAUUCGAAAACGAGAGCGCUCACAGCUCUCGACGAGUCGAACCGGGCGAAAAAUGCCGCUUUCGGCAUCGAUCCCAACUCUUCAGCCACGAAGCAGUUUCUCACUAAUUUAGUGUCUCAGAAGGUUCAGGCCGCGACAGGUAGCAUCGGUCCGCUUUUGAACAGCGCAACGACCCUCGUUUCGGGAGCCUCGGCCGGCUUGUCGAACGCGCUUGUCUCGAAGGUCGCGCCAUUAAGCUCCAUUGUCGGUGGUCUUAGCGGUGGUUCCGGCAGUAGUUCUGGUACAGGUAAUGGCGCGGGUACUGCCCAGGCGAUCAAUACGGAUUCGAAUAUUUUGAGCUCUCUCUUAAGCACAGGACUUAACUCCUUGUCGACUCUCAGUCAGAGUAGCGGUAACGCUAAUACAGGAGGCGGCGGUUCGACCGGAAGCAGCGGUGGAGCAAGCGGUGGAGCGAGCGGUGGAGCGAGCGUUGGCGCGAGCACCGGCGGUGGAGCGAGUGCUGGCGCCAACCUCGGAGCUUUUGCUAACUUCGCAGGGAUAGGAACUAGACCUCCUCCUACUACCACCACAGAGGACACUGUCAUAUUCGAUAGGACAAAAGUUUCUUUAGAUGUACCAUCGAGAGCAUUCGCCACAGGUUUUACCGUGGUAACUAACGUUAGCAAAAUUCUCAACAGUGUGAUUCUGAACUCAGCUCGUCGAACACAAACGUUACUGGAGAUCUUCAAGCCGUUCUUUCGUGGUGUGUUCGCUAUAAAAGGUCUACCAUCGGAUAAUCAGAAAUAAACGUUAUUUCUGAAUAUCGAGAGAAACUUCUUACUUACUUGCUCACAACGAUCGUGUUUCAUUUAAGAAACAUAUCUCAAGUUCCGAUCACACACGGUAAUUUUUUGGAUAGAAUAACUGACGAGAGCUUACGAAAGCUGCUUCCCAAAGUUCGAUAAAAUUCGUAGAUUUUAUUUAAAUAAAAUUUUAGAUUAAAGAAUAUUUUAUAAUUAUUGUAUAAUCAUGUGUCGAGAAUUCUUCGCUUUUAUUAUCGUGCAAUUGUUACUUAUGGCGCCAUAUUUUUGUCUCAUCUUUUAUCUACUAUUUUUGUGUACAUCCUACUUGCUUUCCCAAUAGUUUCUCGCAUGACUCGAAAACUGGCGUUGUAAGUGACAGACUCGCUUUCAAUUAGCGAAAGCGUAUAUAUGAGAAACAGGUAUUUUUUGUAUGUAUGUAUGUAUAAAAAUUAAAGAUGGACGAUGAAGUGAUUUUAGAAAUAGUUUAGAUAGAUUCUUUUUUGUUACAAAUAAAGCGCUUAGUGAUCAUUCUUCUAAAUACAAUAAACAUACCAAAAAAACACACUAAUACAUAAAUAUAAUAAGAGAGAAAAGCGAGAACAAUCAAAACUAAUUUAUAUCUCAUAUAAAUCUAGUUUCCAUUUUUGAUAGUAGCCAUAAAGAAUCUUCAGAGGUUUCUCUGACGUGUGCAUUGUUUUGUAAUAAACUCUGUGCUAUAAUCUAUCAACUCUCACAAAUGAAAUAUCGUCGUUGCAACACACACAUAAGCUAGUGCUAAGCCGUGUAGCGCGAAAAAUAUACAUACGUUAAACGACGACUUUUUAUAAGAAACUGGUUUAUUAUGCAACAUAGGCAGAAGGUAUAAAAAAAAUUCUGCAAAUCUAUAUUAUCCAUUAUUAAUAAGUGCAUGUUGUUGUACUCAAUAAUAUAUAUUAUACGUAACGAACUGUGCGCAUUGUAUUAUACAAGAUCAAGCGGUCAGGGUGUCUGUAAUAAUUAGUAAUAUCGAAAACUCUAUGACCAUGUAACAUUUUUACUGAUCAUGCGACAAGAAUGCA